GGCGGGGCCGGCAGCGGAAAACGCUGCGGGGCCAGAGCCGGGACACGGCUGUGGCCGCUGCUCUUACCCGCGCCACGGAUCGCCUGGUGGCAGGACUGCGCGGCUCCAGGCUGAAGGUCGGUCCGGAGGCGGGUGGGCCUGGGUCUCACCCGGAUUGUCCGGGCGGCACCGUCCCGGGGCCUCCCGGGAGCCGCGAGGGAUCAUGUCUACAGCCUCCGCCGCCUCGUCCUCCUCCUCGUCUUCGGCCGGUGAGAUGAUCGAAGCCCCUUCCCAGGUCCUCAACUUUGAAGAGAUCGACUACAAGGAGAUCGAGGUGGAAGAGAGCGAUUUUCGUGAAACCAUGGACAAGUCAAAAAUUCAUGUUGUUUUCAAAUUGCUGCAUGGUGCUGAACCAUUGCCAUAUUACACUGCUGCCCACGCAAUGAGUUGGUGUUUACAGUGUUCUCAAGGAGUGGCUUAUCUUCACAGCAUGCAACCCAAAGCUCUAAUUCACAGGGACCUGAAACCACCAAACUUACUGCUGGUUGCAGGGGGGACAGUUCUAAAAAUUUGUGAUUUUGGUACAGCCUGUGACAUUCAGACACACAUGACCAAUAACAAGGGGAGUGCUGCUUGGAUGGCACCUGAAGUUUUUGAAGGUAGUAAUUACAGUGAAAAAUGUGACGUCUUCAGCUGGGGUAUUAUCCUUUGGGAAGUGAUAACGCGUCGGAAACCCUUUGAUGAGAUUGGUGGCCCAGCUUUCCGGAUCAUGUGGGCUGUUCACAAUGGUUCGACUUCUUUAAGUAGGAACCUUACUAAUAAUAUUACAGGUUUGUAUUUUCCAGGAGCAGAUGAGCCGUUACAGUAUCCUUGUCAGUAUUCAGAUGAAGGACAGAGCAACUCUGCCACCAGUACAGGCUCCUUCAUGGACAUUGCUUCUACAAAUACCAGUAAUAAAAGUGACACUAAUAUGGAGCAAGUCCCUGCCACAAAUGAUACUAUUAAACGCUUGGAAUCAAAAUUAUUGAAAAAUCAGGCAAAGCAGCAGAGUGAAUCUGGACGUUUAAGCUUGGGAGCUUCCCGUGGGAGCAGCAUGGAGAGCUUACCCCCAACGUCUGAGGGCAAGAGAAUGAGUGCUGACAUGUCUGAAAUAGAAGCUAGGAUCGCUGCGACCACAGCCUAUCCCAAGCCUAAACGGGGCCACCGUAAAACCGCUUCAUUUGGCAACAUUCUGGAUGUCCCUGAGAUCGUCAUAUCAGGCAACGGACAGCCAAGACGUAGGUCCGUCCAAGAUUUGACUGUAACUGGAACAGAACCUGGUCAGGUGAGCAGUAGGUCAUCCAGUCCCAGUGUCAGAAUGAUCACUACCUCAGGACCAACCUCAGAAAAGCCAACUCGAAGUCAUCCAUGGACCCCUGAUGAUUCCACAGAUACCAAUGGGUCAGAUAACUCCAUCCCAAUGGCUUAUCUUACACUGGAUCACCAACUACAGCCUCUAGCACCAUGCCCGAACUCCAAAGAAUCUAUGGCAGUAUUUGAACAGCAUUGUAAAAUGGCACAAGAAUAUAUGAAAGUUCAAACAGAAAUUGCAUUAUUAUUACAGAGAAAGCAAGAACUAGUUGCAGAACUGGACCAGGAUGAAAAGGACCAGCAAAAUACAUCUCGUCUGGUACAGGAACAUAAAAAGCUUUUAGAUGAAAACAAAAGCCUUUCAACUUACUACCAGCAAUGCAAAAAACAGCUAGAGGUCAUCAGAAGUCAGCAGCAAAAACGACAAGGCACUUCAUGAUUCUCUGGGACCGUUAAAUUUUCAAAUAUGCAAAGAAAGACUUUUUUUUAAGGAAAGAAAAACCCUUAUAAUGACAAUUCAUGAGUGUUGUUAGAUUUUUGGCGUGUUCUGAAUGCCAUCUGCCUAUAUUUGCUGCAUUUGUUUCAUUGUUUGUUUUCCUUUUCUCAUGGUGGACAUGGAAUUUUACUGUCUCAUUCAUAACAUGGUGGCAUCUGUGACUUGAAUAAGCAGCAGUUCUCAACAUCAGAACAGAUGCGCUGAACUGUGGCUGUAUAUGCAUGCUCAGCGUGUGAAGGCUAGCCUAGCAGGACAGAGGAUAUCAAACUAGCUGCUAUAUGCAAACAUCAUCCUUUUUUCCAUAUCAGAGGUGGAACCUCAAGAAUGAUUUUGUUCUUGUAUCUCAUCUCAGAAAACUAAUAACUUUUUUUUCCCAAAAGAUGGUAUAUGCCAAGUUAAAGACAGGGUAUUAUAAAUCUAGAAUAAUUGGUGGUACAUUACAGAAAUACAGAACUUUUAGGGAUAAUUCAAAGGUGAGGGCUUUGAUGCCAGCAUCCUUGGAUCAGUACUGAACUUAGUUCCAUCUGUAAAAUAUUUAAAGGUAAGUAGCAGCUGAUGUAUUUAAUGAAAGCAAUUUUACCAGAUUUCAUUAGACUAAAAUUUGAUUAUAAUACAUUGAACAAAAUUAAACUUUUUUUUUAGCAAAAGAUUUUUAGUUCUAUGAUUGUGUGUUACAUGUUGAAACUAUAAAGCUUUUAUGACUAUUAUUAAUAUCUCUUAAGUGAAAUUAAAAGGCAAAAGAACAUGAUUUAGUUUAAAUGAUCAUUUCUUCCUGCAGUGAUUAUCGAAUUGUUUUAUAAUAUAUUU